CCACUCAAGUCAUUGAAGAAAAAAAUCAGGGCGAGUGUCUCGCGUUGAAGAAAAAUUUCUGGUCGUUGAGGCGGCCUUCUUGGAAAAUUAUGGUUGAUUGACCAACGCGGUCACGGUUCAGACCUCUCUGCUCAUAAUACGGUCACCGGAGCGAAUCAACGUGAAGGUGGUCUGAACGAGUGCCAAGCAUGAAGCAGCAACAGCUUGUAUCAGGGGUUCUUCUUCUGAUAUUUUCCUUCGAUGUUUCUCUCUCUCUCGCGAUGGACACCAUCACUCCGAGCCAGCAAAUCGCGGGCGAUCAAGCCUUGGUGUCAGCCGGGGGUGUCUUCGAGCUGGGUUUCUUCAGCCCUCUCAACUCCACAAACAUAUACCUGGGUAUAUGGUAUCAUAAAAUUCCCGUUCCAACAGUUGUGUGGGUCGCCAACAGAGAGAACCCACUCCUAGAUUCCUCCGGAGUUCUUGAGCUGAGCACCGAUGGAAGCCUAGCACUCCAUACCAAGACGAACAGCACGAUCUGGUCCACAGUCCCGUCUUCGGUCAGCAACCCCGUCGCGAGGUUGCUGGACUCGGGGAACCUCGUUAUCGUGACAGAAGGUAGUUCUGAAAAGAGCCCGGCCCCUGCAUGGCAGAGCUUCGAUUACCCGUCCGACACGUUGCUACCGGGCAUGAAGCUGGGUAUGGACAUUGGAACGGGUCUCGAUCGCUACCUCACACCGUGGAGGAGCCCCGUUGACCCCUCUCCCGGGAGCUAUUCUCUCAGAAUCGAUGUUCGUGGAUCCCCACAAGCCAUUAUCUGGAACCAGAGCGGAGGGGUGACCCUGAUGGACUUGAUUUCUAAUGAUUUGUUCAUCUUCAACUAUGUCUCUACUCCCUACGAGGUAACUCUCACCUACGAUACCAAGAAACGAUCCAUAACAUCGAGGGUGGUGUUCAAUUCGUCCGGGGAGGUUCAGCAGUUUGUUUGGGUUGAUAAGGAGGAAGAAUGGCAAGCACUGGAAGACACGUGUGACCUAGUUUCAUGUGGACCCAACAGUGUUUGUACCCCUGAUAGCUUCCCGGCGUGCAAUUGUUUGAUCGGAACAGAGCCCAGGUCAGUCCUCAAUUGGUCUCGCGGGGAUGCUUCCAGUGGGUGCUUCAGGAGAAUUUCGAGUUUAGCAUGCGGGGCUGGCGACGGACUCGUGCUCAUGACGGGAACAAAUCAUCCAGAAAUGUCAAAUUCCGUGGAAAACAUGAGCAUGAGCUUGGAGCAGUGCAGAGAUGCGUGCUUGCGCAACUGCUCUUGCUCUGCUUUUGCCAGUUACGAAGAAGGAAUAGGCUGCAUCAUGUGGGCUGGCGAUCUCUUUAAGCUGCGGCGGUAUGCAAAUGGUGGACACGAUCUAUACAUCCGGGCUGCAGCAUCAUACUUAGGUCAAUCAUCACAUACCAAGAGGAGGCGAAAAUGGGUCAUUGGUGGACUACGAGCAGUGGCUGGUGCUGUGGCUUCUUUACUAGUGUUGGUAUUGUUUAUGUGGUGCAUAAGGAAGAGAUUGAAAAAGAGAACAGGUACAACUAGGAUCUCCUACCAUCAUGAAGCUACUACAGGAGAAGUCCUCGAACUGCCAUCAUUUGACUUGUUCACCAUCACAUCUGCCACCGAAAACUUUGCUAUCACUAACAAAAUUGGCGAGGGAGGGUUUGGCCCUGUUUAUAAGGGCAUGCUGUUUGAGAGAGAAGUUGCAGUUAAAAGGCUGUCAAGAAGUUCAGGACAGGGCCUCGAGGAGUUCAAAAGUGAAAUUCAACUUGUUGAGAAACUUCAACACACAAAUCUUGUUAGGCUUCUCGGCUGCUGCAUUGAAGCAGAAGAAAGGAUAUUGAUAUAUGAGUACAUGCCAAACGGAAGCUUGGAUAAAUAUAUCUUCGAUUCAACCAGAGGAGCUCUCUUAGACUGGCACAGACGCCUCCAUAUCAUUGAAGGGAUAACUCAAGGGCUCCUCUACCUUCACAAGUUCUCCCGAUUGAAGAUUAUUCAUAGAGAUCUUAAAGCCAGCAAUAUCCUCUUAGAUGCUGAUAUGAACCCAAAGAUUUCUGAUUUUGGCAUGGCUCGAAUCUGCAGCUUGGAUAGAUCACAAGUAAAUACGCGUCGGGUUGUUGGCACAUAUGGUUAUAUGGCACCAGAAUAUGCAAUGGAGGGUGUUUUCUCAGUGAAGUCUGAUGUCUUCAGCUAUGGAGUCCUCCUGCUAGAGAUAUUGAGUGGAAAGAGAAAUGCUGGGAAUCACAAUUUCGGCCCAUCACUCAACCUCAUAGGACAUGCAUGGGAGCUGUGGACUCAAGGGAAGGAAGCAGAGCUGAUGGAUCCAUCUCUAGGGGAUAGCUGUCCAGCUAAUGAGCUAUCAAGAUGCAUUAAUGUGGCACUCCUAUGUGUGCAAGAAAAUGUGGCACAUCGGCCUACAAUGUCUGCUGUUUCUUCUAUGCUUAGCAACGGUUCUGCAGCUCUACCAACACCAAAUCAACCUGCUUUCUUCUUUGGUAGACACAUGACAAUUGAGGCCUUACGGUUAGACAUGCAGCACAUUUCUUCUGCAAAUAAUGUCACAAUUUCAACAAUAAAAGGUCGCUAGAGCUAUGUCAGUCUAACCAAUAAUUCAUAUGAGGAGAUUCCAACUACUCUUGGAAUUCAUCAAAACAGGAACCAUUCAGUUGCUCAAUUCAUUGUUUCACUUAAAUUGCUCAGGACUCGGUAAUUAACUGUUCUUCUAGACAUGACCAGAUAUUUCCUGUUGCUUAAUGGAAUGGAUUCUUCCUCUGAUUUCAUUUGAAUUUUCUAGUCUUUCCAUGAUGACAAACAUUCCAAAACUUGUAUCAAAAGGUGUAAUUGUCACUUUCUUAAAUGCUUAUGAUGUUCA